UAGGUUAGUCUUUGCCGGGAUUUGUUCGGUAAAGUGUCGUCUUUUUAUAUAUGAAAAACAAAUAGUUUGAAAUUAUUACCCACAACGUAUAAUCUGUCAACAGUUAAACAUUUUAAUUGCCAAUUUAUAUUUGUUUCGUGUUCUUCAAUUCAGAGUAUACGUGUGUCAGUGUUUAUUUGACUGCUAUUUAUGGAUGUGUUCAAUUCAUUUCGAGCAGAAGGAAAAAUAUACUUGACGAAUCCAGAGGAACACGAUUUUUGGAAUUGUUGAAAAAAAAGUUUGGAUCUAUAACUGAAAUUCUUGUUCGGGAGUGUUUAAAAUUUUCAAAGUCGCGAGUGUGAGUGCUAUUUGGGACCGAAAAAUUACAAUCAAGAAGGACAACUCCAAUAUGAUCGUGGAAUAAAUACCGCAAAAUCUUCAGAUUGGACUGUUGGCAGUCAGUCAGAAAUUUAAUAACUAGGAAAUAUUUUUACCUUAACGAGAGAGGAUGGUUUUGCAAUUUUAAUGGCUUCUUGAAAAUCAAGAAAUUCAUAAUGAGAAGAAUGCGGUGACGUUGCGGAAAUAUGUAAACUGGUUCCAGUAAGUACUAUCGAGGACAACAGUCAUUUAUCAAAAAAUACUGAUAAUAUCAUUUAGAAACUAUUCAUAUCACAGAAAAAUGUUAAAAAAGUAAAUCUAAAAGUAGAACUUUUAUUCAAAAGAGAGAAAAUAUAUAUAAAAACUCUAAUGAAAAUUAAUGAAAAAAUUUGCCAAAAAGAACACUGUGAUAAUAAAUCAUUACAAGUGUCAAAAAAAAAAAAAAAUCUCGUAACAAUUGUUUGCGAAUAGACAUAAAUCGAUUAACGUUACAUAUCUAGUUAUAACAUAUAUAAACUGUAGAGAGAGAAAACAAGAAAAAAAGAGAGAAAAAGAGAGAGAGAGAGAGAAAUCCUUGAGAAUGUUUUACGAGUGCUCAAUUCAAAGUCGGCUUUUAUCGCAAGAUCGAUGGGAUGCUAUCGGUGAUCCUUCGAGUGCUAAAGAUCUCUCUUAACGAAUCGAAGAUAACUAUCAAUGAUUCGGCCUAGCAGAAAGUUGAAUGCAAUUUUCACUGAAAAGGAUUUCAAAGAGAAUUGAAUAGAAAUCGUCUGAUUUAAGUUUAAUUAGCAUUCUGAGUAUUGAGGUAGAAACUUGGGUUAAAAGACUACUAACGAGAUAAGAGCGGUGGUCGUUGAGUAAACAAGAUCACCAAGAGAGAGAGAGAGAGAGAAGAAGAGGGAGAGAGAGAAAGAAGGUCAGAAGAUGCUGCUGAGAUAGCGGAACGUUAAAAAGUGAAGGUGAAAAUCGAAAAGAGCGCAUCAUUUAGAAGGAAAUAAGAAGAGAUAGAUAGUCAUGGUGUUUCCACGGAGAAGAUCGUUGUGGUUGAAAAUAGCGGUAUUAGGCGGUGCAGUGUGGAUAACAAUUUGUUUUCUUCUUUAUACGGAGGAUCGUUCCGCGGUCGCUGUUCAAGAUCUUGGACCCUCUGCACUUGGAGUGCCUCAAGUUGCCAAUGGCUUUGUUCCGCCAGCUCAACCCCUCAAGAGAGAGACACCUGGAAAUGGACAGAGUAAGCCGAAAAUCAACCACGCUGGUCCUGAACAAGGUGGUGGAGUUCUCUCAGCUCCAAGAGACAUAGAUCCUGCAGCACCUGGUGAAAAUGGUAGACCAGUUAUUUUACCAGCGAAUCUUACUGCCGAGAUGAAAAAACUAGUGGACGAUGGUUGGCUGAAUAACGCCUUCAAUCAAUACGUCAGUGAUCUCAUCUCAGUUCACAGGACAUUGCCAGAUCCUCGGGACCCAUGGUGCAAAGAGCCUGGUAGAUACCGAAAGGAACUUCCAUCAACCGCUGUUGUCAUAUGCUUUCACAACGAAGCUUGGUCAGUUUUGUUGAGAACUGUACAUUCUGUUUUAGACCGAUCACCCGAUCAUCUCAUAAAAGAAAUCAUUUUAGUUGAUGAUUUCUCAGAUAUGCCACACCUUAAAACACAGCUCGAAGAUUACAUGAUGAAUUAUCCAAAAGUGAAGAUUGUCAGAGCCGAGAAGCGUGAGGGUUUAAUUAGAGCACGACUUUUGGGUGCCAAAAAGGCGAAUGCUUCGGUUUUGACGUACUUGGACAGUCACUGUGAAUGUACAGAAGGUUGGCUGGAACCGCUUUUGGAUAGAAUUGCACGUGAUCCUACAACUGUGGUUUGUCCAGUUAUUGACGUUAUUGAUGAUACCACUUUGGAGUACCACUGGAGAGAUUCCGGUGGUGUUAAUGUUGGUGGAUUUGAUUGGAAUCUUCAGUUUAACUGGCACGCAAUACCGGAGCGAGAGAAAAAAAGACACAAAAAUUCAGCGGAGCCUGUUUGGUCACCAACAAUGGCCGGUGGCUUAUUCGCAAUAGACAAGGAAUUUUUUGUAAAGUUAGGCACAUAUGAUAGCGGAUUUGAUAUUUGGGGAGGCGAGAAUUUAGAAUUGUCGUUCAAAACUUGGAUGUGUGGAGGUACUCUAGAGAUCUUGCCUUGCUCGCACGUAGGUCACAUCUUCAGAAAGCGUUCACCGUACAAGUGGCGUAGUGGCGUGAACGUGCUCAAGAGGAACAGUAUAAGACUGAGUGAAGUGUGGCUGGACGAGUAUGCCAAAUACUACUAUCAGAGGAUAGGUCACGACAAAGGUAAUUAUGGUGAUGUCUCCGAACGAAAAGCUUUGAGAAGAAAACUGGGCUGCAAACCGUUUAAAUGGUAUUUGGACAAUGUCUACCCGGAAUUGUUCAUUCCAGGGGAAGCAGUAGCAUCGGGCGAGAUUCGUAAUUUGGGUGAAGGAGGCAACACCUGUUUGGAUUCGCCGGCUCGUAAGGCCGAUUUACACAAACCGGCUGGACUGUAUCCCUGCCACCGACAAGGCGGCAACCAGUAUUGGAUGUUGAGCAAGACUGGUGAAAUUCGAAGGGACGAAUCGUGUUUGGAUUACAGUGGCACUGACGUAAUUCUCUAUCCUUGUCAUGGUAGCAAAGGCAAUCAACAAUGGAUUUAUAAUCAACAGACCAAGCAAAUCAAGCAUGGCAGCAGUGAUAAAUGUCUGGCAAUUACGGAAAGUAAACAGCGUCUUUUAAUGGAGGAAUGCACGCCGUCUUCAGCGAGGCAGAGGUGGUCAUUUGAAAAUUACGAUCCUCUAAAGUUGUGAUAUCGAGUAUUUUCUCGCCACAAAUCAAGAUCUGGUCACGGUUCAGAAUCUGCUGGAUUUUUUAUAUCUGGACAUCGUUAUUCGGUCGCUAGGACACGUUUUGGCAGAUAGACCGCAGCUACCAAAAUUGUAGAAAUUUCGCUUCCAGACGACAAUGAAACAUUUUUAUAGAUUUUAGACUACGUCAUAGGGAAAUCUCAUUAUUUUAUUAUAAAUAAUGACGAAAAAAAAUGGCAAAUUAGACGGAUAUUUAUAUAAUUGUAGAGUGAUAAAAAAUAGCGUUCAAAUGUCGUCUUAAAGCCUUGUUUCUCAAUGUGUUUUCCUUUAUUAUUUUAUUAAUUUUAUUUUUAAAUUAUUAAGACUUUAAAAAAAAAUGGCUAUUGUCCAUUGUAAAUUAGUGAUAGUGUGUUUGUGUAUAAUGGAGAAAUUGGACAAACUUUCUUCCGUUGAUCUAUUUUUUCCCCCAGAAAGAAACAGAUCAAAUUUUUUUUUCAAACGAAUCUCGUUUCUUCAAUAAUUACAGUCUUUCCUUCAAUAUUUCCUUUUAAAUCUAAAUAUUCAAAAUUUAAAUGUUCAAAGAAUUUGAAGGAUAGAGACUGAUAUAUUUAUAUAUACAUAGAAAAUUAAAAAAAUUGUACAUUUCAACACUGACUGUAACACAUCAAAUUGAGAAUAUUUCUCUUGUUGUUAAUGCUGGUGAUUUUUUCCCUAGACUUUAAUUUCCUAGAAUUGAAAAUUUUUCUUUUGAAAAAAGAAGGACUUCCAUGCCAUGCGACAUUUUUUUUCUUACAAAUUAUUUUUUCAAACUUUACCAUUGUGGAUUUUAAAUCCGAAAAAAGUUUUGAAUUUUUAAAUUUUAUAAUCAAUUUUUGUUAUUUUAUAAUAGAACUCUAACAUUCCUAAAUAAUCAAGUAUUUCUUUUAUUAUAAUUAAAAAUUUGCUUCCAUUAUAAUUGUAAUUUCUUCGAUAAGAUUUUAUUCUCUAAGACGUUUUUUAAUUUCAAAACAAAAAAAUAUAUGUUUGUAUUCUGAUGUCAGACUUUGUACAUUCAUGUAAAAUAUAAAAAUACGAAUUAUGCCAGUUCAUGUAAAUGUUGCUAAUCAAUUAUAAGAUAGGAGAGAAAAAAAGAGUAAAUUAGUAAACGAAAAAAAUAUGUAAAUCUAUGAGAGGAACAAAUUUAAUUAAAAAAAUUUUUAGUACUGAAUUAGAUUCAGUUGAAAUCGCAUGAUUGUAAAGGAAAAACGUAAAAAAAAUAUUUAUAAAUGCUGUUGUUGUGAUAUUAACAUUUUCUAUAAUCAAAUUAGAUAGUAAUUCGCAUUUUUGUUCUCUGUCUGAUUUAAUUUUUAAGUAAUUAGGAAUGUUUAUACUACUUUAUCCUCGUCUUUUGUUAGUUUUUCAAGUAUCCUGUUCUUUGAAAUACUUUUUAAAAAGUUUGGAAAAACAUUCGGUACACUUUUACUAACUGUCAAGCUGUCUCGUACUUUUUUCCCUUUAAAAAUAAAACUUUCGUCAUUAACUCACUUUUUUUUCCUCUACUUUGCACUGUGUUAAUUUUUACAUAUAACGUUUUCUUCUUUUCUAUUACUUCUCUUUUCUUUUUCAAUUUUUCUUCUUUUUUUUCUUUUUCUUCUUUUUUCUUUUUCUAUUAUUUUCUCCUUUUCUUUA